AUGAAAAAUUACACAGUGUUAACAACAUAUAUCCUGGUGGGACUGACAGAUGACCCAAUUCUACAAAUUCUGCUUUUUAUCUUUUUACUUGUCACCUAUGUGCUGAGUGUGGUGGGGAACCUGACCAUCAUCGCCCUCACUUUUUUAGACUCCCACCUCAAAACUCCUAUGUACUUCUUUCUUCGUAAUUUUUCGAUUCUAGAAUUUACCUUUACCACUGUGUGUAUUCCCAGAUACCUGUAUUCUCUUUCCACUGGCGACAAUACAAUAACCUAUAAUCCCUGUGCCACUCAAUUAUUUUUUGUUGUUGUCUUGGGAGUGACAGAGUUUUUUCUUCUGACAACCAUGUCUUAUGAUCGCUAUAUAGCCAUCUGCAAGCCCCUGCAUUACACAACCAUCAUGAACAGCAAAAUCUGCAUCAGGUUCCUUAUUGGUUGUUAUUUGAUAGCUCUUCUUAUUGUCCUCCCACCAUAUAUUAUGGGCUUUGAUCUAGAAUUCUGUGAUUCUAAUGUCAUUGAUCACUUUGGCUGUGAUGCUGCUCCUAUCCUGAAGAUCACCUGCUCUGACACAGAGUUUUUAGAACUAUAUGUCUUUAUUCUGGCUAUAUUAACUCUUCUGUUCACUUUGUUCUGUAUAAUUACAUCAUACAUAUACAUUAUCAAGACCAUUCUAAGAUUCCCUUCUGCUCAGCAAAGAAAAAAAGCAUUUUCAACUUGCUCUUCCCAUAUGAUUGUGGUGUCUAUUACUUAUGGGUGCUGCAUUUUCAUCUAUAUUAAACCAUCUGCAAAAGAAGGGGUUGCUAUAAAUAAAGUAGUGUCACUACUCGCUACUUCGGUUACACCUGUAAUGAAUCCCUUCAUAUAUACUCUGAGGAAUAAGCAAGUGGUACAAGCAUUUAAAGACUUGCUUAAAAAAAUAAUGUCCAUCUCAAAGGACUAA